AUGGAGAAAUUAUUUAGGAACCAGAAGUUGAAUGUUAGUGUGAGAACCGUUAAGAGUGGUGAGGAGAUACUGUUUUAUGCAAAAGAUGUGGCGGAAUCACUAGGGUACGCGGAUCCAAAAAAGGCAGUUCAGAAACUAGUUAGGAAACAGAAUAAGGUAAGCGUAGAGGAGCUCCGCAUGGGGGGCGAUUCGCCCCUCUUCGAAAAAUGUCACCCACAAACGAUCCUGCUAUACGAACCAGGUUUGUACCAGCUAAUAUGUAGCUCAAGGCUUCCAAUAGCAGAGGACUUUUAGGAUUGGGUAUUUAGUGAGGUACUUCCAUCGAUCCGUAAAACUGGCUCAUACGAAUUACCACUUUACUGUAAUCAGAUGAGGUUAAUUAACGAAACGGACCUUCAUUAUGCUGUUGUAGAACACCUAAGAAAGUACCACCCAAAGACUCUAAUCCUACCGGGACUAGGAGAGUACCAGGAUUCAUCAAAAAAGAGAUGUGACGCCUGGAGGAAGGGAUAUUUAGGUGGACAACCCGAUCUCACAAUAGUAACUCCAAGUAAUGGUUUUAAUGGAUUCGCAAUAGAACUUAAGACCCCAAAGGGUACAGGUGAAGUCAAAGAUAAUCAGGUAGCAUGGAUAAGGGAGUUAGGCAAAAACGGAUUCCGGACAUUAAUAUCUAACGAUUACACAAAAAUAGUGUUAGACAUAGAGGAGUACUUUAGAGUUGAUAAGACAAGGAAACUUCUAGAUGAAAUAAAGAAUCUUAAGAUAAAGCGUAAGACAUUAGAGUCUAGUAAGUGUAAGGAAGUUGUAAUUCAAAGAAUUGGUUACACAGUAGGCAAGUACUAG